CAUUAGUCCCGGAGCGUGCGGCUUGGGCAUCCGGAUCCGGAUCUGUGCUCGCGGUCUGGGGCCGGGCGCGGGGGUGGCGGGGGUCGCGGUGCCAUGGUUCUGAGCCCGGUGAUCGGGAAGCUGCUGCACAAGCGCGUGGUGUUGGCCAGCGCCUCCCCGCGCCGCCGGGAGAUCCUCAGCCAAGCGGGUCUCAGGUUCGAGGUGGUUCCGUCCAGAUUCAAAGAGAAGCUCGAUAAAGCCGCCUUCCCCACCCCUUAUGCUUACGCCAUCGAAACAGCGAAGCAAAAGGCCUUGGAGGUGGCCUCCAGGAUGCACCAGAAAGACCUCCGGGCCCCCGACGUCGUCAUCGGAGCGGACACCAUCGUGACGAUCGGGGGGCUGAUUCUGGAGAAGCCAGCGGACAAGCAAGACGCGUACAGGAUGCUCUCCAGGUUGAACGGGAAGGAGCACAGCGUGUUCACGGGCGUCGCCAUCAUCCACUGCUGCAGCGAAGAUGGCCAGCUGGACACGGACGUGUGCGAGUUCCACGAGGAGACCACGGUGAAGUUCUCGGAGCUGUCCGAGGACCUUCUGUGGGAGUACAUCGACAGCGGGGAGCCCAUGGACAAGGCUGGCGGCUACGGGAUCCAGGCCCUGGGCGGCAUGCUGGUGGAGUGUGUCCAUGGGGACUUCCUCAAUGUCGUGGGCUUCCCGCUGAACCACUUCUGCAAGAAGCUGGUGGAGCUGUACUGCCCACCCCGCCGCGAGGACGUGCAGCGGGUCAAGCACGAGUCCAUCCCUCCCGUGGACACCUUUGAGAUCGCGAGCGACGCUGCUCAGGGUGACGAGGGCUGCGGCCCCAGCAGGGCAGGGGUUGACGGUCACACCGGACAGGCUCCUGCUGGCCCCCAGGGCCCAGACACGAAUGGACUGGUGGAGAACCCGCCCCCCUUCCCGUCGGACCUUCUAGACCUCAUAGACGGCUUUAAAGCAUCCAAGGCUCUGUUCACGGCUUGCAAACUGAAGGUGUUUGAUGUACUGAAAGAGGAAGGCCCCCUGAAGGCGGUGGAUGUUGCACGCAAAAUUAACGCCUCUGUGUGUGGAACUGGACGGCUCCUGGAUGUCUGCGUGGCCCUGGGAUUACUGGAGAAGACAGACACAGGUAAGGGGACGUGCGAACCCUGUGGAGCCCCCUACCCUCAGAACCCCCGGGUGGCACCACAGCCAGUGCGCAGGCUCCCCUGGGCCCCCGUGUGUGUCUCCUCAAACCCCGUUCUGUUUCAGAGCAGGGACCGGAGGCUGCGUUUCAUGCGAGCCAUGCACGGCCUCGCCCAGCUGACAGCUCGCCAGGUGGCCACGGCCUUCGACCUGUCCCGAUUCACCUCUGCCUGUGACCUGGGAGGCUGCACAGGUGCGCUGGCCCGAGAGCUGGCCCGGGAGUACCCGCGUCUGAAGGUGACCGUGUUUGACCUCCCGGAGGUCAUCGAGCACGUGUCGAGUUUUCACCCCGAGGGACGGCAGCCAGAGCGCCUCCGCUUUGUGCCAGGUGACUUUUUCAAGGACGACCUCCCGGACGCACAGCUGUACGUCCUUUCCAGAAUUCUCCACGACUGGGCGGACGACAGAGUGCACGAGUUACUGAGCCGGGUGUCCCGCAGCUGCAAGCCAGGCGGUGGCCUCCUGGUGGUUGAGACGGCCCUGGACGAACGGCGAGCGGCCCGGGCCAGCCUGCCGGCGGCCUUGAACGCGCUGGUGCGGGCCCAGGGCAGGGAGCGCAGCCUGGCCGAGUACCGCAGCCUGCUGGGGCAGCAUGGGUUCUGGGACGUGCAGGUGGCGCAGGCGGGGGACAGGCUGGACGUGGUUCUGGGCACCAGAGCGUCGUCGGCGCCCUGAGGCUGCCAGCGCGUGACGCUCUCCCGGGAGGCUGAUGGGGGGUGGGGUGGGGAGGGGGCUGGAAGUUGGGCGUCGGGUGCAACAGUUACUCGGAUCAGCUUGUGUAACCAGGCGGAUUAAACCAGCAAAACGCA